CUCAUCCUUGUUGUACUUGCAGUAUCAACCUCCAGUCCCCACCUAAGUGGUGGCCGUGGUCCAGCCGUCGUCGUGGAACCCCCCACAGUGGUGGAGUUUUCGAACGAGAUGGGCGCCGUGCUUGCCUGCUCGGCCCAGGGACAGCCGCAUCCCAGCAUUCGGUGGGAGAAAGAGGACGGAAGCCCAGCAACAUCGGUUCCCGGUCUACGAGAGAUCCGGUCGGACGGCUCCCUCGCGCUUCCGGCGUUCGGGGCGUCACAGUUCCGGCCGGAAGUGCACCUGACCACCUACCGGUGUGUUGCGUCGAACACGUUAGGUCUGGUCAAGAGCCGACUCACGCACGUUCGAGGAGUGGUGCUGGAGAAGUUCGAGGCCAGCGUCUACGACGCUUACGUUGUUCGUGGAAACUCGGCUGUGCUCCGUUGCCACCUGCCGCCGGUCGUCAAGGAUUACGUCACGGUGACGUCCUGGGUACUGGAUGAUGGCGUCACUAUCGGCACACUCGCCGAAUCUGGUGUCCACAACCGCUACCUGAUGCUCACAACGGGCGAGCUUCUCGUACGGGAUGUGGAUGGAAGCACCGAGGCCCACCACUCCUACCGAUGCCAAGUGCACAACAAGCUCACAGGCGAAAGCCACCUCAGUACUAGCGCUGGCAAGAUAGUUGUCACUGAGCCCCACAGCCAGCUUCCUUCCCGCAUGGCUGAAUACCGCAGCGAGCUUGAAGUGGAACAGGGGGAGCGUGUCGUACUGCCCUGUUUGGCGCAAGGACACCCGCCUCCCAGACAUCACUGGUUCCGUGUCGUCGGUGGCGUUGUGAGGGAGAGCACUAUCUUACACGGCUCAUCGCCGGGCGGCGUCGAAGGCGUCAUACCGGUGAAGGCUUCCGACAGGGUGUCCCUGCUGCCGGGUGGCACGCUGCUGUUGCGCGCCGCUCGCAUCCUCGACAGCGGGAAGUACUUGUGUGUGGCGAACAACUCGGCUGGCGAAGACAGAGCUUACACCGACCUGUUGGUCACGGUGCCAUUGUCCGCACACAUCGACCCGCCCGUGCAAGUGGUGGACGUAGGCAGGAGCGCGAACAUGAGUUGCCGCGUGGUCGGGCACCCCGUACACGGCGUGCUGUGGACGCACAAUGGCCAUCCCGUGUCGGGUUCGACCGCGUCUUACGGUGGAAGACAGAGCGGCAAGCUGGCGUCUAGUGGGUCAUCGUCGAGGAUAACAAUGCUGUCUCGAGACUUGAUCCACAUAUCGGUCGUAGAGCGUCAGGACCACGGCAUGUACCAGUGCCUCGUCUACAACGACAGGGACUCGGCGCAGGGAUCGGCGCAACUCGUCAUUGGAGAGGACGCACCCGUGUUCGAGCAUGUGUUUGCUGAGCGUCAGCUGCGGCCGGGCGGCAGCGUGUCGCUAAGGUGCUCAGCAUCUGGCACACCCCUGCCACAGAUCACGUGGUCUCUGGACGGAACACCUGUGCCAGAACAUUAUCAUGUCCGAAUAGGAGAUUACGUCAGCGGCGAGCGGCUCGUGCACAGCUACGUAAACCUUACCGGAGUCCGAGUGGAGGACGGUGGCCUCUACAGUUGUGUGGCCCGCAACGGGGUCGGCCGCGUCUCGCACACAGCCAGACUGAACGUGCUGGGAAGACCUCUGGUGCGACCAAUGGCCAACGUCACGGCUCUAGCAGGACGCACCAUGCGGCUACACUGCGCAGUGGCCGGACACCCAAUACAGAGCAUCGUGUGGCAGAAAGAUGGCCGCUCGCUGCCGCAAAACCACCGCCAGCGCAGCUUCCCCAAUGGCAGUCUGGUUGUAGCCGAUGUGCAGCGCAGCGCGGACGACGGAUGGUACUCGUGCGUUGCCAGGGACCCCCAGGGGAACACGGCGAAAGGACAGCUCGCCGUACACGUCAUGACGCCACCGGUCGUAAAUCCGUUCAGCUUCGCCGAUGACCUGAUCGAGGGGAAGCGUGCCGGUGCCGCCUGCAUUGUCUCGGACGGUGACCUGCCCAUCACCAUUCAGUGGCUGAAGGACGGAGUCCCCGUCGAGCACCAGAGGGAAUUGGGAGCGUCCGUUGCCGAUGCGAACGACUACACCUCGUUCCUCUCGUUCACGGGAGUGCGGCAGCUGCAUUCGGGCAACUACACUUGCGUCGCUUCAAACCCUGCCGCCUCGGCAAACUACACCGCUCCCAUGGUCGUUCAAGUUCCACCUACGUGGCGACAGGAGCCGGUGGACAAGGCAGCCAUCAUGGGACAGGUAGUGAUAUUCGACUGCCAAGCGGAUGGAUUCCCUGUGCCUGUGAUCCGGUGGAAGAAAGAAUACCGUGCCGAGGGUGGCCGCGACUUCUCGGUCAUCAUCAGCAACGCCAACGUGCAGAUCCUGGAAAACGGUUCGCUCAGCAUCCGCGAGGCCGAUCGAUCAGACGCCGGCCACUACAUGUGCCAAGCUUUGAACGGCGUCGGACCUGGAAUCUCCACCGUGGUCAAGCUGGACAUACACGUGGCCGCCCACUUCGAGCGCAAGUUUCAGGCGUUGACAGCUCGCCGAGGAGACAGCGUCGUGCUGACUUGCAGAGCAGUCGGGGAGCAGCCGAUCACGGUGACCUGGACAAAGGAUAGGCACGGGUUCAAUCCAGCCUUGGAACCCAGAUACGCGGUAGAGGAGAAGCCCAGCGUCGAAGGAUUCGAGUACGUCAUCCGCAUUCCGAGCGUGGACCGCAGGGAUUCGUCGCUGUUCAGCUGCUACGCUGAAAACGCCUACGGAAGGGACGACACGAACUUCCAGGUCGUCGUCCAAGAGCCUCCCGACAAACCGAGAGGCCUGGAAGCGACGCAGACGACGAGUCGUUCAGUGACGCUGUCCUGGUCUCCCGCUUACUCCGGAAACAGCCCCGUGCUGAAGUACCUGCUGGAACACAAGCUGCAGGAAGGUUUCUGGGAACAAGACUCCCACGUGUCUGUGAUAGAGUCGACCGAGUUUUCGCACGUUAUCAGUGGUCUUCGGCCAAAGACGAGCUACGAAUUCCGACUUCGAGCGGAGAAUUCUAUUGGACUCAGUGAAAGCAGCGACACCCUCGUGGUUACAACAGACGAAGAAGCUCCCACUGGUGCACCGCAGAACAUCAGGGUCACACCAACCGGUUCCCGAAGCCUUCAGGUCUCCUGGAAGCCGCCGCUGGACGAAGAGUCCAACGGACUAGUCCAGGGUUACUACGUCGGCUACCGCGUUCGUAACGCUAAGGACUCGUUCGCCUACAAGACACUGGAAAGCUCGGCCAAUUCACUGGAGCAGCAGUGCGAGCUGACAGACCUGCGACGAAAUACUCGCUACAGCGUCGUGGUGCAGGCUUUCAACGCGAAAGGUGCCGGACCAGCUUCGGAGGAAGUCUUCUCGCAAACACUCGAAAUCGACCCACCGGCGGCCCCACGUCUGAGACUGGUAUCUUCAACCUCGUCAUCCGUUCACUUAAGCUGGGAUAUCGAAAAGGACCAGCCAAUAAAUGGGUUUGUUCUGUUCCACAAGGCAGAGCCGCCCAUGACGUCGAAGUCGGAAUCCGCUGAAGAGUCGGGCGAGUGGACGGAAGUCCAGACGGGCGCCGAACGUUCGGCGUACGCGUUUCGCGGCCUGCGCUGCGGUCGCAAGUACGCCUUUCAUGCAGUCGCUUUCAACGCCGCCGGCAGGGGUCCCAGCAGCAACACAGUUCUGGCCAAGACCGAUGGAUCAACACCACUAGCACCCGACGAACGUGACCUUCUGCUGUGCAACGUGACCUCGGUGACGCUGCAAUUGGGCGCCUGGAAGAGUGGCGGAUGUCCCAUUUUCUCGUUCGCCGUGCUCUGCAAGCCUCAGUCGCAGAAUGAGUGGUCUCCUGCCACGGCCACCCACCUGGUACCGGAUCACCAGCAGCCGCCCGUGCUGGUCAUCCCUGACCUACUUCCGGCUACCUGGUACGACCUCCUCGUCACGGCGCAGAAUGACGCUGGUGCUACGGAGGCUGAAUACAUCUUUGCUACGCUUACGCUUUCCGGUGGCACCGUGCCGCCGCCACAGUGGACGCAAGCGGUCGAGUCUCAGCGUCGCCACAUCCACAUCAUCCUUCCCACCGUGUGUUCUCUGUUCGUGGUGAUUCUUCUAGCUGCCGCCGUGUGCUACGUAUUCUCUCGUCGACGCGUCACGACCGCGCAACGCCCGUAUUCAGCAAACGUGGACGAAGUGACGGAGACAACAAAGUCCGUGGACACAGUGCCAAUGAGCGUCUGGGAAGGUGCCGACAGCAAGCAGGAGUCCGAGACCACGCAACACCGACGCGCCGUCGAACACGAGCAGCUCUACUACCCUUCGCCUUACGCCACGCGCGAAGGUCGACUGACGUCUUUAUACGCGACCGGAGGUCUUCAGUCUGGCUGGGCCUCUGCGAGGAGCCUGAACAGCGCAACGGACGAAGCGAUGGACGAACGUAUGGUGCCGCAGCACACUUACGAUGUGCCUUUUGCGCGGAGGCCGUCAAGCCCAGAGGGGAAGAAGCUGCAUAAGCAGCCAGACGGGCAAGGUCACGUGCUAGGGUCCACGCAGUGCCUUCCGGAGAGCAUAUAUUCCAAGCCUGGUCCGUUAUACACGUCCCCCGAGAAGUACAAAGGCAUUCGAAAGUCGCUCCAAGCACUGAGCAUUAUCGAGGGCUACCCGAACACCAAUGUAUCCUACGUUUACUCGAGGCCAAAGAAGAAACACUGGAGCACCCACGGUGAUGAACUGUACGCCGAGCACAAGCUGCGCAAGCUGUCCAGGUAUGCAGACGGACUGAAGCAAGCUGAGCUGGACUUGCACAAAGGCAGUGCAGAGUUUUCUUCCAUUGAGAAUCACGAGACGUCCGAGGCCGAGUGUGACAUGCACGCCAGGCGUUUCUCGUCGCAGAGAUAAGACUGUGACGGUGAUGGCCCGUGCUUCUUCAGGAGCCCGAGCCAUCCUCAGAUGCCGUGCACGUGGUGGCCGCGAGCGUGUGGAUGACUGUCAAGAAAUUGUGGAUUACAUGUGUCCGUCGGGUGAUCCAAACACCAAUCCGUUCAGCGGGUGUCCCAAACAAGAAUGAACAGCGUGCUCUCGAGAAGUCAAGUCCACAAGGGUGUUUCUGGUACGUGUAAAGUGCUUACUUACCGCAACAAAU